GGUGCCGGCCACUGCUGUGGGUGACUCGUCGCCAUUACGGGACAGCCCUCGUCCGGCGGCACAUCGUUCGUGCUGCAGCGGCGGGCCCGCGUGACCUCCGCCAUGGACAAGAGCCGCCCCUGCAGCUCCGGUGCGCCCGGCAGCGAAGGACAGCAGCUGCGAUCCGCCUCGGUCGCGCCCGCCGCGGGGGAGUGUGAGCCCGAAGGCGGUGAGAGCCGGGGCGGGAGGAGCGGCCGGCGGCGGGUUCUCCCGUCAGCCCGCCCGGCCGGGGCUGGGGGCGCUCUGAGGCGGCCGCGGCGCGCGCGGGUCGGUUAAACCGCCGCCGAGGGGGAGCGCGCGCCCGCUCCGCUCCACACAGGGCCGGUCCCGCGGCGCCCGCCAAGGGGUGAGGGACGGGGAGGCCGGCGGGGCCGGGCGCCGGAGCGGCUGCGCCCUCUCCCGGGGCUGCCGAGCUGGGGAGGGGCUGGGAGGGCGGCGGCGGCGGGGCUUGUGUCGCUCCGGGCCGGAGCAGCCAGCGUUCGUUCGUGCGGCUCCGAGCGCGGGCUGUGCCUGUGCCCCGACGCCCCCGGCGAAGACGCUGCAGGGCCCCGGCUGUGGGCACCGCGCCGGCCCCCAGAGCUCCUUGGGAAGGACGGUACCUGUGCGACUGCUUGGCAGGGGGAUCCUGGCAGGCAGCUGCUCCUGCAACUUCGAGUUGUCCUCUUUGCUCGGAACAGGCAAUCAUGAGUGAUCGAAAGGCAGUGAUCAAGAAUGCGGACAUGUCUGAAGAGAUGCAGCAAGGCUCUGUGGAGUGUGCCAUUUUGGCCAUAGGGGAAUAUAACGUUGAAAGAGAAACUGUUGCCCUUAUGAAGAGUGAGUUUGAGAAGAAAUAUAGUCCCACUUGGUACUGCAUUGUAGGAAGGAAAUUUGGCAGCUAUGUGUAUCAUGAGACCAAGCACUUCACCUUCUUCCUCGUGCUUGGAGGAAAUAUUCUUCUGUUUAAAGCUGGUUAGAGCUAUGGAUCGUAGUUCAAAGUUGCUCACACUUACAGGACUGCACACUUAACGGCAGCAGCUUAGUGCCUUCAGCCUUCUUGAGGAGGCAGACCUUGGUCUUCAGGGGUAACGUCAGGGAUUUUUCUGGAGUGGCUGGUGUUUUUGUUGUGGUGGGGGGGGG